GCAAAGAUGUCCGCGCUCAUUUGAAAACCUGCGGUAGCCAAAUCCAGAGUUUGGCACCUGAUUCAUGUUUUUUUUAUGUUGACACCGUUCACGACGUUGUGCUGACGCAAGACUCACACACAGGAAACAUAAAGGACUCCACGACAAGAGCCAGACUAUUCCGUACUAUCAGAAAUAAUGCUGAUAUCUGGAACUCAUGUCGGAAGUCGUGUAUGAAGAGACAGCCACGAUGAUCGCAGCAGGGGAAUUGCAGUCGUUUGUCCCGUUCGGCCGCGAGCACUGCAGGAACCAUCCAAACGCCUUCAACCUGCAGCUCAGAGAGCUCCAGCCUGCCUCCGAGCUCUGGUCGUCAGAUGGCGCCGCCGGCCUGGUCGGGUCGCUGCAGGAAGUCAGUCUGCAGGAGAGAGAGAGGGAAUGCUGGCAGCUUAGGAAGGGCUGCAAGGGAAUCGGGGAGGAAGAUGUGGAGUUUGAAGAGGAGCUCUACACAGCAGGAACUGUGGUCGUCUGGAGCCAGGGCAGCCGGACACAAGCCUCCAACGUCUAUAAGGCCUUCACUGUCGACAGCCCGGUGCAGCAGGCCUUAUGGUGUACAUUUGCUGUUCCUCACAACAAGAAAGAUGAAGAGGAAGUGGAGCAGACAGUCUGUAUCGUCCAGAGUAGCUGUGUCAACGUGCACACCAUAACUGGGAAGGAUUUCAUCUCACCACUACCUUUCCAGGUGUCAAAUGUCUGGGCGACAAAGUUUGGACUUUUGUUAGAACGAAAAAACUCAGCGACAGACUCACAACUCCCCGGGGAAUCUCUCCCCACAGUCUUCAGCAUGCUGCAUCCUCUCGACGAGAUUGCACCAAUAGUGUGUAAACCUACAGGUCUGUUUGAAAGCUCCCGUGUGCAGUAUGCAUCGGAUGCCACCAUGAAGAUAGUGUUCAGCUGCUGCCAGCCCUCUAUAGUUGUCUCCUAUGACACUGUACAGGGAAUACACUCUGUCUGGGCCCUGCGCAAAGUCACACAGGAUGAGCGAUUUUCAGUCCUGCGGUGUACAGCAGAUCCAGUUGGCACUCCUUUGGGUCUGAUGGCAUCGGGCUUACUGACCUCUCACCUCCGUAUCUCACGCUUGGACUCCCCCGUAGGCAGUGGGGCGACCGGGCUCGGCCCAGGAACAGCAACAAGUUGUGCCAUUGGUACCAGCUCUCCUCUCCACUACAGCGCUCUGCACAGCCACCAGAGCAGAAUCAUGACGACUUCACCAGGGAUACACUCCCGGGUUCACUCCCCGAGUAUAUCCAACAUGGCUGCCCUCAGCCGGGCCCAUCCUCCAGGCAUGGCGACUCCAUCCUUUUCUGGUGCGGCUCGUUUCAACACGUCCUUCCACAGCCCGUCCCCCAGGGGGCACCACGGCCUGCUGACCUCUGCCAACAGCACGGUCAACGAGACGCUGCUGGUGCCGGAGAUGGAGCCCAUCGUGCCCGACCUGUGCAUCGAGCAGCUGUGGAGCGAGACCGUCACAGCUGGGUGUUACAGGGAGAUGAGCAGCCAGGCAUCUAAAGUAUUUCUGACCUCUGACCUCUGUGAGAACCACUACCUCUGUUUCCUGGUGGAGUCUCACCAGCAGCUCAGAUGUGUGAAGUUUUUUGAAAGCAACAAUUCGUCUCAGCUGAUCUUCACAUCUGUCACGACGAUCCCUGCCAAAGACGCAGAGCCUCUGCAGAAUAUCGAUGCCAUGCUGGUGCUGGAGGCCUGUGGCAGUCUGGUUCUCUACACAGGAAUCACCAGGGUCAGUAAGGUGUUCGUCCCCGGCCUCCUGUCGCCCACCUUCAGCCUGACCAACCACGUGUCUCACUUCAGCUCAGCGAUGGAGAACGUUAGCACGCCGACUAACGCUGGUAGCAGGCACCUCCAAAGACUGGAUGAGGGCAUCAUGCCGUCACCAGUGUCUGAGCUGAGGGGUCCAAACAUUAAACACCACGAAGGUUCAUUUUUGGAUGAUUACAAUUUCCAACAUACCACGCCCUACAUCCAUGCGCUGCGGGACCCCGUCUGCAACCGGGUCACUUUGGAACUAAGCAGUGGCACAAUGCUGAGGAUCUCCAUCCCAGAGAUCGCUACCUCAGAGCUCGUGAGGAAAUGCCUGCAGGCCAUUCGUUUCAUCCUGCCCAAGGAAGCUGCCAUGAAGGUUUUGGUGAAGUGGUAUAACAUCUACAACGCGCCCGGGGGUCCGAGUGCUCACGCAGAGUGGAACCUGUUUGUCACCUGCUUCAUGACGCUGAUGGGCUACAACACUGAGCGCCUGGCGUGGACACGAAACCUGCAUUUUGAAGUGCCUCUCUCUCCGGUGAUUGCUGCUAAGAAGGCACGUCCCUCUGAUGGAGGCUCUGAAGAGGACCUGGACUACCUGUUAGGGUCUCACUACCACCGGCAGAUUAAUUCCCAACCUAUCUGCUCCAACAAUGCUCUCACUACAGAAAAUAUGUCCUCUACCCCCAUUCCCUCUCUGAAGUUGGACAGUUCGGCUCCUCUCUUCCCUCACAUUCCCGCUCUUUUCUACGUUCUCCAUCUGCUCUACCAGGAGCUGCAGCUGGACGAGCUGCAGAGAGCGAGAGCCUCAUCGCUGGUCUGUCUGCUGCAACAGCUGGCGAGAGACCUCCAGUUGGAUGAGUAUGUGGAUCUGUACUGGAGAGACUACCCCUCCUUAAUAAGUGGCUUCACUGAGAGUUGCGUCAUAGACCAGGCUCUGAUUGGUCAGAUGCAGCGUCCGUCCUUCCUGACGGAGGAGCCUCCCUGCGUGCUCAGCUGGCUCAGCAGCUGUCUGAGAGGAGAGGAAGUCCCGCCUUUCCCCUGCCUGCCCGGCAUCUGCCACAGGACCCGGCUGCUGGUUCUGAGUUAUGCUCUCUACAUCAUUGGAAAUGAACGAGCUACUUCAACGGAUAAAUCAAAAUACCUGGCCAAGCUUUCUGCAGGCCAGAAGAACUGUGCCAGUGAACCGCAGUACAGGAGACAAAGCAGUGUGAAAGUUCAGUUUUCCAGUGAGAGUCUGGCUGAGCAGCUGGUGGUGUGGCUCACCUCAGAAGGUUUCACCCUGAAGGACCUGGAGUCGGUUCCCUUCGGUGUGGCUCUGCCAAUCAGAGAGGCCAUCUACCGCUGCCGGGAGCGACCGUGCUCUGAUUGGUCAGAGGAGGUCUGUCUGCUGAUUGGGCGACAGGAUCUGACUAAACAAGCACACAAGAUGUCCCUGGCCAAAAACAAAGCUUCUGUUGGUUCAGGUCUCUCCUUGGAGCCUCCUGCGACCACAGAAGCAGACGAGGAGGAAGACGGGAUGUCGGACAUUAUUCAAGAGGUCACAGGGCUGAUCUGGAGUCAGGAUCUGAGGGUCCAGGAGGUGAGGAGGCUGCUGCAGAGCUCCAGGCCGGUCCGGGUCAGUGUCGUCCAGCUACCAGAGGUCUCUGAUCACGAGUACAUAGAGGAGAAAGAGAACAAACUCCUGCAGUUGUGCCAGAGGACCAUGGCUCUUCCUGUUGGCCGAGGCCUCUUCACCCUCUUCUCUUAUCACCCUGUACUAACAGAACCUUUACCUGUCCCAAAACUCAACCUGACAGGCCGAGCCCCUCCUAGGAACACCAUGGUGGAUCUGAACAGCGGGAACAUUGAUGUUCCUCCCAACAUGACCAGCUGGCCCAGCUUCCACAACGGAGUAGCUGCCGGACUCAAAAUAGCCCCGGCUUCGCAGGUGGACUCGGCCUGGAUUGCCUACAACAAGCCAAAGGUCCCUGAGCUGGCCAAUGAGUACGCCGGCUUCCUCAUGGCCCUGGGCCUCAACGGACACCUCACCAAGCUGGCAACGCUCAACAUACAUGACUACCUCACCAAGGGUCACGAGAUGACCAGUAUUGGGCUCCUUCUGGGUGUGUCUUCAGCCAAACUGGGCACCAUGGACAUGUCAAUCACUCGCCUCCUUAGUAUUCACAUCCCUGCUCUUCUCCCACCAACCUCCACCGAGCUGGAUGUACCACACAAUGUUCAGGUUGCUGCUGUAAUCGGCAUCGGUCUGGUGUACCAGGGAACAGGACACAGACACAACGCUGAAGUCUUGCUCUCUGAGAUAGGUCGACCUCCAGGUCCAGAGAUGGAGUACUGCACUGACAGAGAGUCCUAUUCCCUCGCUGCAGGACUGGCUCUGGGCAUGGUGUGUCUGGGGCAUGGCAGUAACCUGAUCGGGAUGACGGACCUGAACGUCCCGGAGCAGCUGUAUCAGUACAUGGUGGGGGGGCACCGCAGGGCUCAGGCCGGGGCCAGCAAGGAGAGACACAAGUCCCCCAGCUACCAGAUCAAGGAGGGUGACACUAUAAAUGUAGACGUGACGUGUCCAGGGGCAACGCUGGCCCUCGCCAUGAUCUACCUCAAGACCAACAACAAGUCCAUCGCUGAUUGGCUGAAACCUCCAGACACCUGGUUCCUGUUGGACUUCAUCAAGCCAGAGUUUCUGCUGCUGAGGACUCUUGCUCGGUGUAUUAUAAUGUGGGAUGAAAUCCUCCCAAAUACUAAGUGGGUCAAGAGUAACAUACCCCAGAUCAUGAGGGGGACCUUUGUCCCUUCAGAAGACAUUAACAUGGAGACAAUGGCCCAAGCUCAGGACUACAUCACAGCCGGGGCCUGCAUGGCGUUGGGUUUGCGUUUUGCCGGCUCUGCCAACUCCGACGCCUUUGACUGCCUUUACGAGUUUGCGCGAAACUUCAUGAAGAUCAUGUCCUUCGCUGGUACAGCUGCAGUUCAGACGGGUUACUACAACCUGCAGACCGGCCUGUCCAUGAUUCUGCUGGCGAUGUCCAUGGUGAUGUCCGGCACCGGGAACCUGAAGGUCCUGCAGCUCUGUCGCUUCUUCCACAAGAGGACCGGCGGAGAGAUGAACUACGGCUUCCACAUGGCUCACCACAUGGCACUGGGCCUGCUGUUCCUGGGAGGUGGCAGGUACACCCUGAGCACCUCCAAUUCAGCCAUCGCCGCUCUGCUCUGCGCCCUGUACCCACACUUUCCUGCUCACAGCACCGACAACCGCUACCACCUGCAGGCCCUGCGGCACCUGGCUGUUCUGGCUGCAGAGCCGCGGCUGCUGGUGCCCGUGGACGUGGACUCUCUGAAGCCCUGCUACGCCCUCUUAGAGGUCACCUACAAGAAGACAAAGUGGUACGACGAGACGACUGUAGAACUGAUGGCUCCCACCAUGCUUCCUGAGCUGCACCUCCUCAAAAAGGUAAAGGUAAAGGGGCCGAGAUACUGGGAACUUUCCGUAGACCUCAGCAAAGAAACACAGCAUCUAAAGUCCAUCCUGUGCAGAGAUGGCGUGUUGUACGUGAAGCUGCGGGCCGGACAGCUGCCCUACAAGGACGACCCUCAGGGCUGGAAGAGCCUGCUGGCUUCAACCGUCAACCACCGCAACUCUGGAGUCAGAGCCUUCAAGCCUGAAGCCAUCUCUACGUUCACCUCAGAGCCGGCCUUGGUCUCAUUUGCAGAGUUCUUCUGUAAAACAUCUGAAGAAAUAAAACAAAGAGAUGAUACUCUCGUGUUGUUCUCGGCGAUGCUGUAUGAAUGUGUGACGCAGGAAUGUCCAGAGAUGCUGCCCACCUAUAUUGCUAUUGAGCAGGCGGUGGGUGCUCUGCGUCGGAGGGAUCUGCUCCAGACCUUCCCCCUGUGGCAGAUGCGUCUGGUGGUGGAGCUGUGGGACAGCCGAGUGCAGCGGGGGCCCAACAACCGCCACGACGCGCUGCUCACCUCCGAGUUCCUGCCCGUCAUGAAGAACAUGGUGGAUGUGGCACUGGACAGCUGGCUCAAAGAGAACAGCUCAGUGUUGAGGUCCUACAUGAGGGGCGAGGCCCUCCCUCAGAACGGACAGUCCAUGGCGCUGGCCUGCUUCCUGGUGUACCGCUCCAUCCCCUGCCUCAGGAACACACACACUCAGCUGGAGAGCUGCAGCUCUCUGGGAGAUUUGUUGUCUCGUAGCAGCCAGUUGAGGAUCCCUCUCAGAGAUCUACUGCGACUGGUUCCCGUCCUGCUGGGCUCUGCCUCCGGAGCAUUCCCUCUGCAAGCAUUUUGAUCCCGAUGCUCAGUGCUAGUCACCUGGCUAGCUACCUCUCACAGGUGCUCUUCGUAACCUUACGUUCCCACUGCGAGCACAGGUAGUAUCUGAUAUCUGUAACACCUGUGAGUGUGUGCAGGAAGGGGAACAACGUAACGGCUGUCCUGCCUCUUGAGAUGAACUGUUUGGAGAACACAGACUUUGUUUCCUUCUCAGUCACUAAUUAGUAGAGUUUUGUAAAAUAAUGUUGCUAUUUAGUUAGUUUUUUACAGCAUGAAGACAUUAGGCUGCAGUAAUGAUGCAGCACAUGUGCCAUUUCUUUGGUUCAACAAAUCCAGUACGGUGACUUUUUUUAGAUGGGUGCCUCUUCCUCAAUGUUCCAACAGAAAACACAUUUUCUCCACCGCCAAACAAGGACAGAAAGGACCGGUCAGUACACGAUGGAAGGAUUCGCCUGUAGUUGUAUUGAUGUUGCCUGUGAGCUCAGGCCACUGUGUUCUGUCGACGAGAAGACAGGGGCUAUCAAAUAAAAAAAGUACCUGCACACUUGA